UGCACCUGCACUCCCCCGAUCAAGCUGAAAACAUUUGAGACAGACCAGCGAGACGGGCCUUUUUCUCUCUCUCUCUCUCUCUCUUUCUUCUUACUCCGAACUGCGACAAAAUAUGAAUCGCAGGGCAAGCAGCUGAACAACAGACCGGGCAAAAGAUCACUGAAGAUGAGCGUGCAAGGUCACGAGAUGGACAAUGGCCAUUUGGAGUCCGACAAUCUGUCGGUGGUGAAGGACGAGGAGGAGGUGGUGUGGGAGAACGUGGAGUGCAACCGUCAUGUGCUGAGCAGAUACAUCAACCCCGCCAAGCUGACUCCAUACCUCCGGCAGUGCAAAGUCAUCGAUGAGCAGGAUGAGGAUGAAGUACUCAAUUCCCACAUGCUGCUGUCCAAAAUCAACCGAGCAAGUCGGUUGCUGGACAUUCUGCACACUAAGGGCCAGAGAGGCUAUGUGGUGUUUCUGGAAAGCCUGGAGUUCUACUAUCCGCAACUGUACAAGCUGAUCACGGGCAAGGAACCCACCAGGAGGUUCUCCACCAUCGUAGUGGAGGAAGGGCACGAGGGGCUGACGCAGUUCCUGAUGAACGAGGUGAUCAAGCUGCAGCAGCAAGCCAAGGCCAAGGAAGCCCAGCGCUGCGACAUGCACAUCCGCAACAAGCAGCUGGAGGAUGAGAAGAAGCAGCUGAAGCUGAAGAACAUGGAGAUGCACACCUUCCAGGAGCGCUACAACAAGAUGAAGGAGGAGAGGAACAACUACAACGACGAGCUCAUGAAGGUCAAGGACGAGAACUAUAACUUGGCCAUGAGGUACGCCCAGUUGAGCGAGGAGAAGAACAUGGCCGUCAUGAGGAGCCGCGACCUACAGCUUCAGGUUGACCAGCUGAGGCACAAACUGAACAAGGUAGAGGAGGAGUGCAAACUGGAGCGAAACCAGUCGCUCAAGCUGAAGAAUGACAUGGAGCAGAGGCCGAGGAAGGAGCAGGUGCUGGAGUUAGAGCGAGAGAACGAGACGCUGAAGACCAAGGUCCAAGAGCUCCAGUCAGUUAUUCAGGCCGGGAAGCGCAGUCUGCCCGACUCGGAGAAGGCCAUCCUGGACAUCCUGGAGCACGACCGUCAAGAAGCCCUGGAAGACAGGCAAGAGCUCGUCAGCAAGAUCUUCAACCUGCAGGAGGAGAACCGUCAGGCAGAGGAGCUUCGAGAUAAGUACCUGGAGGAGAAGGAAGAUCUGGAGCUGAAAUACUCGACGCUGGUGAAAGACUGCGAAAUGUACAAGCACCGGAUGAGCACCAUCAUGUUUCAGCUGGAAGAAGUGGAGAAAGAACGUGAUCAGGCGUUCCGGUCUCGUGAUGAAGCCCAGACGCAGUAUUCCCAGUGCCUGAUUGACAAAGACAAGUACCGCAAACAGAUCCGGGAACUGGAGGAGAAGAACGACGAGCUGCAGAUCCAGAUCGUCAGGAAGGAGGGGAAGAUCGUGGCUUUAGAAUCCAAACUCCGUCGCCUUUCAAAGGACACCAUCUCAGCCGACCAGAGUCUGCCGCGCAAUAUUCCUGCCACCGUGAUCUCUCAGGCUUUCUGCCACUCCUGUCACAAGUCUAACGGUCAAGAAGUGGAAAGCUCAUCCACCUCUGAGGAAUCUCCUGAGGACAACGAAUUUUUCGUGCAGGACCAUCGGCUGAAGAGGAGGCCGAACCUUAAGGUUUAUGGAAUUGGAAGACCCAAAUCUCCAUGCACUCUCCUCAGACAGCAAGAGGGUCAAGAUGAAGACUUGUCAGAUGUCAGUAGCACCAAGAUAGAAACUCCCAAUUCUAUCCCUGGGUGUGAUCCACUGGUUAAAAUGACCCUGAGGAAUCGCUUCCCCAGCGUGCUAUCCACUACCCCAGAGCCACCGUGCAACGAUUCAAUACUCCGACGGAACAGAGAGGAGGAUCGGGAAAUACCAACCAGAAGUAUCACAGAGGAGGAUGACGAUAGCUUCUGCGGCUACAGUUUGGACCUCAUGCAAAUGGAGAUGGAUGAUGACUAUCAAGACAGGAACUCUCAUGGCCCUCCAUCCAUUCACUCCUCCUCGUCAUCUCACCAGUCGGAGGCCUUAGAUUCGUGUGAAUUGGACCAUUUUAACUCCAUGUUCAGGAAAUACUCACUGGAAAGGCCAUUCCGACCCUCGGUGACGUCGGUCAGUCAGGUCAGGAACCCCCUGAGACACAUGUUGUACACAACCCUGGACAGUGACAAGCUGAGGUCAGAAAUCUCCGUGGUUGGGGGGAACGAGAGAGGCCUUUUCAUCCAGUCAGUCCAGCAAGGCUCCGAGGCAGAGAAGGAAGGGUUGAAGGAGGGACAUCAGCUGUUUCUGCUGGAAGGUUGCGUCAGAGGAGAAAGUCAAAACGUGCCCUUGGAGAUGUCAACCAAAGAGGAGGCCCAUUGGACAUUCCAGCGUUGUAACGGACCGGUCACCCUUCACCAUAAGGCAAAUCUCGAUGGUUACAAAAAACUACAGAAGGAUAUGGACGAGGGCUGCAUCACAUCAGGUGAUUCUUUCUACGUCCGCGUCAACCUGAAUAUUUCGGGACAGAACGACAGCUGUUCGAUGUGUGUGAAGUGCGAUGAAGUCAUCCACAUUUUGGACACCAUGUAUCAGGGCAAAUGCGAGUGGCUUUGUGCCCAGGUCGACCCCACCACGGACAAAGAUUUGGAGAAAGGCACCAUCCCCAGCUUCUGCAGGGCCCAACAACUCCUCAUGGUAAAGAUCCAGAGAUUGAUGUGCCGUAGCUGCAAGGAUGAGACAGAUAAUCAAUACAGCACACUCCGAGGAAUUUGGAGUGUGCUCCAGCCUGAGGAACAGCCCCCCAUCGAUCCCAAAGCCCCCCGGCUCUCGCGAGCUAGCAUCUUUUUCGGGCAAAUAUUACAGUUUGUCAGCAGGAGUGACAACAAGUACAAGAGGAUGAACAGCAGCGAGAGAGUGCGUAUUGUCACCGGGUCACCAUCUGGGCCAGCGAGAUCCACCUUCGAGACCCUCAAGAGCUCAUCCGACAAGCAAGACGAAAAAGAAAAAGAUCUGGAUGCAGAGAGCGACAUCAAGAAGAGUUUUAGCCUGAUCCCCUACAGCCUGGUCUAUCCCUGUCACACUCAGCGAAAGCGUCCUGUGCUCUUCUCUCCCACACCGCUGGCCAAAAUGCUUGUGCAAAAGCUGCUGAACUCUGGCGAGGCCAUGGAGUUUGAUAUCUGCAAACCAGAUGUUUUAAACAAAGAGGAAUAUUUACAGAAGCAGAAAUCUGAGACGAUUGUUUUCUCCAGAGAGACGCACUUAAAUGCCUUUGAAUGUGUCACACCCACCAACAUCAAAGCCGUGGCUGCCAAGAAUAAACAUUGUUUACUUGAAGCUGGACUGAACUGCACGAGAGAUUUACUUAAGAAGGACAUCUACCCAAUUAUAAUCUUCGUCAAAGUCUCUGAGAAGAACAUCAAGCGUUUAAGGAGGACGCCAACUAAACCUGAGAGCAGCGACGAGGAGCUUCUGAGAAUGUGUCGCUCCAAUGAGAGUGAGCUGGAGUCACUGCCCUGCCUUUACACCUCAGUGGACAUCGAUGCCUGGAGUAACAUCAAGGACCUUAUCAAAAUCAUCAAAGAGAAGAUCCUUGAAGAACAAAGGAAAACUAUCUGGAUCGAUCAGGAUCAGCUGUAGAGCUUCACCGAGAGACUGAGGCCAGCAUCAAGCCAAUCAAUCCACUGUAGCAAUACUAUAUACUAUGUCAAGCCAAUCUACGUCGGUUAAAAUUGGUCACUCACGUUGUGGCUGUUUAUUGCUGUGCGCAAAUU